CGUUACUCUCCCUCUACGUGUCCAACAGCAGGCCAGCACUCCUCCUUUUGCUCAGUAUGUCUAACCCUACCAACACAGAGAAUGUGUCCACCUUGGAGACGGCCAUGCAGCUGAUGAUCCAGACCUUCCAUAAGUAUUCUGGAGACGAGGGCGACAAAUACACCCUGAGCAGAGCAGAGCUCAAAGUGAUGCUCUCUGCAGAGCUGGGCAACUACCUGGGGAAUGCCCAGGACAAGGAAGCAGUGGACAAGGUGAUGGGGGACCUGGAUGCCAACAAUGAUGGAGAGGUGGACUUCACUGAGUUUGUUAUUCUGGUGGGGGCGCUCACCGUCGCCUGCAACGACUUCUUCCUGGAGUACAACGACAAGGGGGAGAAGAAGUGAACACAACACACACAUGUACACAACACACACAUGUACACUCACACAUAUCUAUGCUCUCUCUCUCACACUCACUCACUGAGGAGAGGACGAUCAAAUCAAAUCAAAUGUAUUUAUAAAUCCCUUCUUACAUCAGCUGAUAUCUCAAAGUGCUGUACAGAAACCCAGCCUAAAACCCCAAACAGCAAACAAUGCAGGUGUAGAAGCACGGUCAUUAUGAGACAUCUCCACUCAAAUCCUGGCUAGGCUUAAUGUCUACUGUUUAAUAACAGAGACCUACACACACCAUACAUACCACACACAUGCACACACACACUCAGAUGUUCAUAGAUGCAUCGUGGCACACUGGGCAGUGUGUUUAGUGUUUAGUGUGUGUGCCGUCUCGAUCCAAACCAAACCCAACACACAGAAGUUUAUUCCAGAGUGAAAAUGUGGAGAGUUUAAGUCAUCAUUAAUAACGGUCAUUGUUGAAUAUGUGAAUAUAAUUUCUCUGUCUUUUCAUUCGUUUUGUUAAACUGUUCCUCCUCGAUAGAAUAAACAUGACAUUUAACCAAA